AUGAGCGCGACGUACAAUCUCGAGCCGAACCCGACGGCAAAGGUCCUCUUGCACACGACCACGGGCGACCUGGAGCUCGAGCUGUUCGCGAAGCAGACGCCCGUCACGUCGCGCAACUUCCUGCAGCUCUGUCUCGACGGCUACUACGACAACACCGUCUUCCACCGUCUGGUCAGGGGCUUCAUCAUCCAGGGCGGCGACCCUACAGGCACGGGGCAGGGCGGUGAGAGCAGCUACGAUGGCGAGCCUUUUGCCGACGAGUUCCACAGCCGCCUCAAGUACACGAGAAGAGGGCUGCUGGGCAUGGCCAACACGGGCAAGAAAGACGACAACGGCAGCCAGUUCUUCUUCACGCUUGCGGCGACGCCGGAGCUGCAGGAAAAGAACACCAUGUUUGGGCGCAUCGUUGGCGACACCAUCUACAACCUGAUGAAGAUGGCCGAGACGGAGAUCCGCGAGGGCACCGAGGACCAGCCACUGUAUCCGACCAAGAUCACCGGCACCGAGAUCAUCAUAAACCCCUUCGAGGACAUGGUCAGGCGCGCACGCGUGGCUGAACGGACAGAACCAGAGGAGAAGAAGGCCAAGAAGCCAAAGAGAAAGGCCGGCAAGAACGUGCUCAGCUUCGGUGCCGACGAGGACAUGGACGCGCCACCUGUUGCGAAAAAAGCCAAAUACAACACCAAGCUGGUCAGCGCGAGCGAGGACGCCCCAAAAGCAUCCGCCCCGGCCCAAGAACGAGCGAUACCAAUCCGAAAACCCGCCCCCACACCCAAGUCCCCGUCACCAUCUCCACCGCCAAAACCUACAACAGCCGCUGCAUCGAAACCUCCCGCCCCCGCCCAGACACAAGCACCACCGCCGCGGGAACUGUCCCCAGAGUCGGAAAAGCGCUCCAAACUGGAUCGCGUAAACGCACAGAUUGCAGAGCUCAAGGCUUCGAUGAAGCGGAACACAGGCAUACAGAAUGCAGAGCCCGCCAAGAAGAAGUCAUUGUUGGAAUCCAUGGUUCCCACAUCGACUACGCGCGGUCGCAAGCGAGGCACGGGCAUGGCAGGCACAGCCCAAGAGCAGGCCACGUUAGACAUACUCUCCAAGUUCAAGUCAAAGCUCGAGACAGCCGAUCCAGUGGCAGCGCCGAGAGUGAAGUCACCUCCCCCUGCUGAGCCCGCAAGACCCACCACCGACACAGGUGGAAGCGGGCUUGCAGAUGUCGAAGAAGCAGCGUGUGAUCUGCAUUUCAUAGUAGGAUGCCAGUCAUGUACGGCUUGGGACAAGCAGGAAGAGGAUGAAUCAGACGACGAUGCCGGGUGGAUGGCACACUCCUUGAGCUUUGCCAAAGAUAGAUUAGGCAAGGACCUCGAGUGGAAGCGGAAGAAUGAGGAGGACCUGCUUGUCAUUGAUCCUCUGGAGGAAGCCAAGAGACACAAGGCUGACAUCAAGGGGAAGAGAGAAUGGGAUGACCCAAAAGGGAAGAAGAAACUGAAAUCAUAG